UGCAACCUCCUCACCAACCCCUCCUUCGAAACCGGCACCCUAUCACCGUGGUUCACCACCGUCCCCAACGUGAACAUCGCCACCAUCACGAACGCGACCGCCGCCUACGAUGGGAAUUAUUACCUCGACCUCAAAACGGACUACGGCAACCGCGGGCACUCGAUCGCGCAGACGGUGAGGGGCCUCCAGCGCGGCACGGUGUACGACUUCCGGGCGCAGAUCCAGAUCCCGGGCGCCUCGUCGGGGGUGGAGUACUGUUUCGUGGACGCGUAUAUCGGUGGGAACGCGACGACGGGGCUCAUUGUCUCGCAGCUGCUGGAGCCCUCGGGGGAGGGGUGGACGACGGUGCGGGGGUCGUAUCAGCGGCGGGGGCGGCGGGCGGAGGAUGUGUUGACGGUGACGGGGUCGUGUACGUCGCCGGGCAGUUCGUAUGUGUGGGAUGUGUUGGUGGAUGAGGUGGUUUUG